GGAGCCGGGCGACGACGCCAGGGUUGAUCAAGGACUGAAGAACUAGAAGAUAACAUUGUCUGCACUGGAUAGCUUUGUAUAUGGAAGGCAUGUCAGAAAUCGAUUUUGAAAAGUUAGCUGAAAUAGAAUUAAGAAAAGAUGAGGCAGAAAAUGCAGAUCUUGAAGAGAGCCAGGUAUCAUUUGCAGCUGUGUCAAAUGGUGAUGCUGAAAUAAGCCCAACACACCCAUAUUACGAUGUGGCCAGACAUAAUAUACUUCACCUUGUAGGUGAUGAUAAUUUGGGGAGAAAAGUGAUUGCUUUCAGUUGCUGUCGUUUGCCGCCUUCCUAUCAACUUAAUCACAGACGGUUAUUAGAAUAUUUAAAGUAUGCGCUGGACCAGUAUGUGGAAAACGAUUACACAGUGGUCUACUUUCACUAUGGACUGAACAGUAAGAAUAAACCCUCCCUGAAUUGGUUACAAAGCGCCUACAAAGAAUUUGACAGGAAGUAUAAGAAAAACCUGAAAGCGCUCUACAUUGUACAUCCAACCAAUUUCAUAAAAAUUAUUUGGAACAUUUUUAAACCUCUAAUCAGUCACAAGUUUGGAAAAAAGGUAAUCUAUCUGAAUUACCUGAGUGACCUGAGAGACCAUCUUAAAUACGACCAACUGAAGAUCCCUCAAGAAGUUAUUCGACAUGAUGAAAACCUUCGGACUAAACAAAAGAAAAAGCCACUUACUACAGUGAAGAUCCCUCCACCAAGACCUCCUCUUCCAACCCAGCAGUUUGGUGUCAGCCUCCAAUAUCUCAAAGCUAAAAACAAAGGUGAAUUAAUCCCACCAGUGAUGAAGCACACAGUGUCUUAUCUAAAAAGGAAAGGACUCAAAGCAGAAGGACUGUUUAGACGGUCAGCUAGCAUACAAAGUAUUAAGGAGAUUCAGAAACUUUAUAAUCAGGGAAAAUCUGUUAAUUUUGAUGAUUAUGGAGAUAUACAUAUUCCUGCUGUCAUCCUUAAGACUUUACUCAGGGAACUCCCAGAGCCUUUACUGACCUUUGAACCCUAUGAUCAAAUCAUUGGAAUUACCAGUGUAGAAAGUAGCUUACGGGUGAUGAACUGCAGAGAAAUUGUACAUGGACUUCCUGAGCAAAAUUAUGCUGUUCUGAAGUUUCUGAUAUGCUUUCUCCAUAUGGUGUCACAGGAAAGCAUUUUCAACAAAAUGACUGGUUCCAACCUGGCUUGCGUCUUCGGCCUGAAUUUAAUCUGGUCACCCAAAGGCACUCCUUCUUUCAGUACUCUGGUACCGAUAAAUAUUUUCAUUGGGUUACUGAUAGAUUUCUACGCCACCAUCUUCAGUUCUCGAAGUGUACCUGGUGAGCAGUUACCUUGAAAACGCAUUCUGGGAUGCGCCCCUAGGAAGGACACUCAGUAUUUUGCGCAGGACUCAAAUUAAAUCUAAUUUUCAGUGCAUACAGAAAUGAAUUGCUUCACAUGAAGAAGCCUUGUACAAAAUAGUCUUAUUCCUACUGGCAACUCCAGGUGCCAGGUGUGUGUGUCUUCCAAAUCUGCUACCUCUGGUUCCUUGGUUGAUGCCAGAGAUUGGAUCUGGGACCACUAGCAUGCAAGGCAGGGCACUUUUCCACUGAGCUGUGCUCCCAAUCAAAUUUCUCUUAAAUUUUUCAAAGCACACGACUGUGUAACAUCUACAAAAGCUAUCAAUACAAAAAAAAUCUUAGAAAGUAAUUUUGAGGAAACAAGGUGUAACAGUUGAUUUAGAUUUCAUUCCUUUUGUAAUGUCUGCCUUUUAAAGCAUUUAAGUUGCAAACAGUCUUAAAUUACUUAUACUGUAGCCCACCUGUGAUCUUUGGAUGAAGGACAUUAUAUAAAUUGAAUAAGUAAUAUUUUUGCUAUGUUUCCUCAGGAACACUUUUUACAUAUAUGAAUGCAAUGCUGUAUAAACUGUGUAUAUAUGGAUUUUUAUAUAGUAAGUAUUUAUUGUUUGUGAAAUCCCUCCUCCGUGGGUUCAUGGGCAUGGGUUGAUAGAGGGGAGUCGCAUCCUCUAGAAAGAUGGAUUUGGUCUGAAUCUAAAUUCAGUUGAUCUCUCAUCACGUGGCUCAGAAACUGAUGGCUGACAGCCUACUGACUGGUGCCUAGCAACAAGUACAUACUGCUAUUUUAGCUGCCACUAGAUAACUAUAAACGUAUCCUGGCACCCUCAUUGUUUAACAUAUUUAUAAAUGACCUAGAGGAUGUCCUAGAGAAGCCACUUGGCCACCUGCCCAAACAUGGGGCCAGGAGGACUCCAUUAUUAUUGUAUGCUGACGACGCAGCCAUUCUCUCAUGUUCCAGACCAGGUGUAAAUUAUCAACUAAAGAGGUUCAUGUCUUAUUGUGUACAGAAUGACCUAAAAAUUACCUUUGGGAAAUCUAAAAUUUUGGUUUUGGAGAAGAAUCUUUCCCAAUGCAAAUGGUCACUAGAUGAGCACGCCCUCAAUCAGAUGAGAAGCUUCCAAUACCUGGGGCUGACAUUCCAUCACAUAACGACAUGGAUCCCCCAUAGAUUUGCAGCCCUCCAGAAAGCGCAAGUGAGUCAAUCGGCCACUUUACUAAAGGGUGCCGGUAUAUUCCACCUGCCAUCAAAGUAUUCAAGACAGCUGCUUCGAUGCCUCUAAUAUCUGGAGUGGAUGAUCUCCAAGCUAAACUCUUGAGGGCUCUCCUACAGAUCCCCAGAUGUGCCUACCUCAGUUAUUUUCUUGGAAACUUGGGAAUGCCCUCAACAGACCUGGGCCUGGAGGGCAGCCUUCAGAUACUGGCUUAAAGUCAGUGUUUUGAGGACAGGACUACUCCAACAUAUAGCUUAGAAUGAGUAUGUUGGUUUCUGGUCCAAGCGCAACGCCCAAAAAGCUCCCUCGAUUGAACUGUCCCCAUCUCUUCUUGAACACUUGGGCUUCCACAUAGCCUUCAAAUCACUAAAACAAAGACUGUGGGCCAUUGCCUAUGGUGAUCUGCAGAGCUGUUCGUAGUCCUCCUGCUCACCAAGAACUGUGAGUUUACAGUAUGUCAGGACAGUUCACAUAGCUGAAUAUCGAAAGAACCUGACAGUGGUCAACUACCGCAGACUUUUUACCAAGGCCAGACUGAAUGUAUUUCCUUCUGAAAUGCUCCAAGGCAGAUUUGCGAGUAUUCCUUACUCUGCUAGAUUAUGCCCCUGUACAAAUCAGGAAGUAGAAUCUAUGCAGCAUAUUCUACUGUCCUGCAGACUAUACAAGCAGGUCCAACAACAAAAGGUAAGUCCUUUAAUUGCAAACCUUCCAGGAAGACCUGCACAAUUUUAUGUUAGGUACCUAAGAGGAUAGGUUUCCCAGCGUAUCUUUGGCAGUUGCCAAGUUUCAUUCUAAGGCGGUCAGGAUCAGAGAGCACUUUGUAUUAGUUAAAGGUCUGAAAGAAGCUUAGUUUUAUCCGAUGUCCAAGUAGUAAGUAUGUUUUAUGUCUUUUUAUGUACUGGAAUCUAUUGGUGAGUCUUUGGACUGCAAUAAAGAUUUGAUUGAUAUACUUUGA